AUGGCUUAUAGCGAGCAAACAACAACAACGACGCCGACUGCUGCGGCUUACCUUCAAGAUUUUCGUUCUGAACCGUGUCAAGUCUGUGGAGAAAAUGCUAGUGGAUGGCAUUGCGGCUCGAUUACAUGUGAGGCCUGUAAGAAAUUUUUCCUUCGAUCUGUUAAUGGUGAAUAUCUCAAAUAUCGAUGCAUACGUGACAAGAAAUGUCCUAUUACACGUACAACACGAACCCAAUGUCAAUUCUGUCGAUAUUCUAAAUGUAUUACUAUUGGUAUGACGCUUACUGAAGAACGUUCGAACCCAAAGAUUGAAGAUAUUUUCCGCGGUAUCCCAUGUGCCGUUUGCACAGAUGCCUCGUCCGGACUACACUUUGGUGUCACAACAUGUGAAAGCUGCAAAGGUUUUUUCCGACGAAUGAUUAAAGAACGAAUACCCCAACAUUACAAAUGUCUGGAACGAAAUAAUUGUGAAGUGAAUACUUCAACACGAAAUCUGUGUCGUGCAUGUCGGUUUCAGAAGUGUCUUUCAGUUGGAAUGUCCAUUGAAGGUUCGCGCAUUGGAAGACAAUCGAAUCUGUUUAAACAUAAGAUGGUUGAAAUGCAACGUCAUGGAUUGAUUCAGUCACGAUUAUUUCAUGUAUUAACAUCAAAUUUAAACAAUCCGAAAAAGAAAACUACACACAGUCGCGAAACUUCUUCUGCUUGUAUUCAACAAUCACCGUCAUUACGCGGGGAAAAUUUGCUUUCGUCUGAACUACUUCGACAGAUCUAUGAAAUGGAAAUGAGUUAUCGUAAUUAUCUCAAAGAUCUGCCAAGUUGGUCGUUUGAUACGAAUGAUUUAUGGGCUGCGUGCAUCUCUCAAUUUGAUCACUAUUCAAUUUGUGUGAGGAAUUUUAUUGAGGGAAUACCAAAUUUCAAUUCUCUCAAUGUCGAAGAUAAAACAUCUUUAGUUUAUCAAUCUAUUCAUUCAGUUAUGCUUAUGUGUUUCUGCAUCCAAUCAGUGCGAUCAGAAACGUCAAAUAGUACAUGGAAUUAUUUGAAUUUAUCUUCUAAUUCUCCAUUUUACCAAUAUAUUCAACAGCAGUUUCCAUUUUUCUUCGAAUUAUUCUCUUUGACACGUGCGUUCGAAAGCGAUUUACAAAGACUCAAUCUAAACGACAAGGAAAUAGCGUUGGUAUUAAUCUUACUCAUCACUUCCAUCGGAGAUUACAAAUCAACACCUAUCGAACAUCUCGAAGAAGAAUUCUUCUCUAUUUUAUUUGACUACAUGACUGUUCAACGUGGCAUCAAUAGUAAGGAUUAUUUUAUCUUAACUAUUCGAAUUCCAUUUGUACAUCGAUUGAACAAGCUGAUCUCUACGAACAUAACCAAUCUCAAAUGUUCAUUGUCUUACUCUAUGUGA